AUAAUUGUUUUGUAUUGCGCGAAGGGUGGUUGUUAUCGGCAUUUAUUGUCAUUUCCUGAUCUAAUAAGUAAAAUAGUGAAAUUUAAUGACAAAAAUGCCGGUAGAUAUAAAUCGCUUAACCGAAGGUUGGCUUGAGCUUGAAAGUGAUCCAGGAUUGUUCACUUUGCUACUGGAAGAUUUCGGCGUGAAAGGUGUACAAGUUGAGGAAAUCUACGACCUUCAAAAAUCUCUUGAAGGACCAGUUUAUGGAUUUAUAUUCCUCUUCCGGUGGAUAGAGGAACGCCGUGCUCGUCGCAAAAUCGUUGAUACAACCGAGAUUUUCGUGAAGGAUGAGGAGGCGGUCAGUAGCAUAUUCUUCGCACAACAAGUCGUUCCAAACAGCUGUGCCACUCAUGCCUUGCUCUCGGUGCUCCUGAACUGUGCGGACUUACACUUGGGGGAGACACUUGGUCGGCUCAAGGUACACACGAAGGGGAUGUGUCCUGAAAAUAAGGGUUGGGCGAUCGGGAACACCCCAGAGUUAGCCUGCGCACAUAAUUCCCACGCAAUGCCACAAGCAAGACGCCGUUUGGACAAGAGCAGUGGAGUGAGCACUGGCAGAUUCACAGGGGAAGCAUUCCACUUUGUUAGUUUUGUGCCAAUCAACGGUCACCUGUUUGAAUUGGAUGGUUUAAAGCCGUUCCCAAUGGACCACGGUCCUUGGGAUGAAAAGGAAGAUUGGACCGAUAAGUUCCGCAGAGUAAUGACGGAGAGACUGGGCAUUUCGACAGGGGAACAGGAUAUAAGGUUUAACCUCAUGGCAGUUGUCCCUGAUCGACGAAUUGCUAUCACGCACAAACUCAAAAUGCUCCGAACUAACAAAGCCAUUGUGUCGGCAACGUUGGAAAAAUUGCUCAAGACUGAUAAGGGCCCGGACGCAAAGAAAAAGGAAGAAUCAUCAGAAAAUGUGGGGAACAAUGAAGGAGAAAGUAGUCAAACUAAAGAGGAAAUUGAAGAUGGAAAUUCAUCCCCAACAUCACUUUUUGAGCCCAACGCGUUCACGGCAAGAGAUCUUCAAUCACUUCUGAAAAACUUGGAGUCUGAGAUCUUGGUUAACGAGCAACGUCUAAACGAUGAAAACGACAAGCGAUAUAUGUUCAAGGUUGAUGAUUGUCGGCGGACCCACAAUUACGAUGAAUUUAUUUGCACCUUUUUAUCCAUGUUAGCCCAUCAGGGGGUUCUUGGUGAACUGGUCUCUCAACAUUUACUCACCCCACGGAAAAUCGCGCAAAAUGCUGCUAAUCGAAUCGGACGACCAUCAAAGAAAAACGGAAAAUCACCUAAACCAGCCGGACGACGAAGGAAGGGUCGUAAUAAGUGUAAGAAGAGAAAGUGAGAUGAGGAGUAAACUAGGGGAACAUAGAUUAUUUACUUAUGAAUAGAUGCUUUUAAUAUUUAGUAAAUAACUCUCAUAGAUGAUAUGACAAGUUUUGCAUGAUUUAUUUCUGUUAAGUGUAUGUUCUAAGAUAGCGUAGGUUUAUACUUAUAAAAAUAAAGAUUUUACAAUUUGC